AUGGCAAGAGAGAUCGCGGGUCAAUCCUGGGAGUACUUUUGGACACCUUGGAACGAGGCGGUAGCAAAUAGCAACCACAGCACCACUGUCGCCCUCCCCGAAUACAACGUGUCGCAGCCAUGGCCGGGAACACCAAUAGACGGCUGGACGAUUACAAAUACGGCAAUUGAUUUAUCCCGCUACAAUGCGGUGAUCGAGGAAGGUGUCGUCCUGACGGGCUUCAUCGGCACCGACAUAAAAAUAACCGCCCCAAAGUCGCUCUACGUGCCCAGUACAAACGAAAGCGAUCACGGGCUGCUUAACGUGAACGCCUACCCAGAUUGGGCGUUUUGUAUGUGGGCAUGGUCGCAAUCAAUGAAGGAUAAUGGGACUCUGGCGGAGAGCUCCAGCAGCCAAGACCAACCAGCGGACGGAUCUUGCGAGCAACUGGCAUCCAAGGAGUGCAUCGCGGCCUUGGAGAAAGCAGCAAGCACGGCUUACACCAUGAAUUACGAACUUCGGGAGUCAACUAACGGAAUGCGUCAUCAUUGUGACGGAAUUACAGUUCCUCAAGAAUGCUAUGGCUCUAGAUUCGAUACAAAGGAUCGGUUUUGGGAAGAUUUGAAUACGCCUCUACAAGUGCUAAAUGGUUCCACAACCUUUUAUUACAGGUGGUUCAAUAUGGAGUACGAUACUGCUCAAGACAUCCGAGACAAAUGGAAGGUUGUCACGCAAGACCAUGUGUCUAUCUUGACCGUGUUUGGACGCAUGAACGACGAUUACUGGGCCACUAGCCACGUUGAGCCUGGGUUGGCGAAAAUGACUUGCCUCAAAACGUCCUUUAGUGAACCCGGCAGUAGGAAUAAGGGAAAUGGCAGCAGUGAGUCUAGUGGGGGGGACGAGACUAGCGGAGGGGACGAAAAAAACGGAGCUGCAAUUGUCAGAAGGGGUUUGGUUGCAGACCUGAUAGUUCUGGCCGCCGUGGUGUACUGUUUGAUGUAG